AUGAUUUUACGGUUCGCCGUGGAAAAUAACGGUGUAGUCGUUUCCAACGACCAGUUCCGUCAAUAUCGAGAUUUGGGCGAUGAGUUCCGGGACGUGAUCGACAAUCGGUUAUUGCAAUACACCAUGGCUCUCAACACCUUCCUGAUACCGGAUGAUCCUUUCGGACCCAAUGGUCCCAGUUUGGAUGAAUGUUUACGCAUUCCGAAGCCGACAGUCAAAUGA